AUGAAUUUUGAGUCUACCUUAACUCAAUGACUAGUAAACCUAUCAGAAGAUGAUCCAAUAAUGACAGCACAAUGUAUAAAUUCUAUCAAUUACACUUGCACAGCUUUACUUAAUCCCACCUUGAUUAGCGAUCAAAAUUAUUAGAGAUCCCUAUUUUUUGAAAAUUAAAUCCAUUUUGGGUGAGUAUGACAUUUUUUGGUUAAUCUAUAUUUUUAAUAUAUAUAACCAAUGAUUAUGAUAAUCAAAUCUCAAAGCAAAUUAUAUUAAAUUUUCAAUAGCUUGCGUUAUUAUUAUUAAUAGAUAUUCUCUUUUAAAUUUUUAUUAAGAAAAAUUAUAUAUAUAUAUAAAUUUAAUAUAAAUUUGGGAAAAAAAUUGACCAUUGCUUGCUAACUAAGGAGAGGAGCUAAUAGUCAUAUUUCUGAUAAUAUAAAAGUUUUUGGAAUCAACAUACUAAGCUUAAUCCAACAGAAUCCAGGCAAUCCUUUGAUUAGAAUAAAGCUAAUAAGCUUUAUAGCAACGAUGAUGGAUUUUUAUUUCGUAAACUCUUUUCCUUUAAUGGCCAACCAAUUUGAAGAAUUUUUAGAAAUUAAUAGAUGCAACAAGAUCAGUAAGAAUUUAAUGGAGAUUAGAACUGGUGACAGUUCAAAUAACGAAAAUCAGCGAGUUUCUUCUGACUAUGUAAGUAGGUCAACCAAUGAGCAACUCGCAAUUAUUAAAGAAGUCAGGCUAGAAGAUGGCGAAACUUCUGCUUUAACGCUUUAUCAACUCUCCUGUCCAGAUAAAAGACGCUCAGAAGGUUUGGAAAAAUCAUAUACUUAUAUAUCAUGGCAGCUUGAAUUAAAUUUAAUAAUUAUCUAUUUUUAUAUCACUGCCUAUACGGAAUUUCUUUUAUUUAAAUUUGAUAAGCAUAAAUUUGAUGGCGACUGGCCAGUACGAAUCGGAUGUGAAAAAUCAGGUUUUCGAACACAUAUACCAAUCAGAUGCUCAAGCCAAAUCAUUCUUGAUAAGUUUCAUGACCAUAUAAUUGCUUAUGAAACGAGUACAAACGAUCCAGGAAUGAAAAUACAAGUAUUUACUGAAAAUUUAGAAGAAGGACAAAUUUAUUCAUUUGGAGAAACUAAAAUGAAGGUCGAAGAGAUUGAUUCGGUCGGGAAUUUGCACUUAAGUUUUGAGCUGAGCAAUGAAAUUGUAUAUAGAGUCAUUGAUGGAUGCGAAAAUGGAGAAAUCCUGAUAGGAAGGACCAGAAUCAACAAAUUACGAUUCGCUAACGAUGCAAAAAUGUCGAAGGAGCAUGCAGGAAUUAUAAGAGAAGGCAAGAGGUGAGUCAUAAAAGACAAAAACUCAAGAAAUGGAGUGUGAAGGUAUCUUCAUACUUUAAAAACAACUGGGGCUGGUGAAGAUUCGAUGCGAUGCCCUAUAAUGAAUGACACAAAGUUCAAUUUUUGCGAAGUAAUUUUCCAAUGUAAAAUAAAAAUCUCCCCUUAG